AUGACCGCAACUCACUGGUCUGCACCUGCAGCCAGCCAAGGCCUGCCACAGUUCGAGUGGUAUCUGGGGCCGAUGUAUCGCAGGUAUGCAGAAAUCAUGGCUGAACGUGAACGUGCUAACACGGCGCAGUUCGUCAAGAAGAAGGUGACGCCAACAGUGCCAGACGAGCCUGCUUACAUCAAGCACAUCACCACACGCACACCGGUGUAUGCCUUCAACGAAGCCAUUCACGAUCGACCUCUCACUGACAUGGGCAAGGCCUAUGUCACGAUGAUGCCAGCACGAAGGAAGGAACAAGUCCGCAACGGAACUGACUCGAAGAUGACCACCCGCUAG